UCUCUGCCGCCGCAGGACUCCAGGCCGCUCCUCCCCCUGCAGAGAGCACUGAUUUAUUUAUUAGUUGGUGCGUGUUCCCGCUCGGAGCAGGCGGGGCCGGUCCGGGGCCGCCCCCGCCGGGCAGAGGCGCGGGAUGCGCCGGGCGGGACCCCGCUCCACUGCGGGAGGAGAAAAUGCGGUGGCGGCGGCUGCUUUCCCUUCCCUCUGACAGCUGAAUUACUCGCUUCUUGUAUUUCUUUUGAAUCCUCCAGCACUGGGGGGAGCCGGGAAAUUUGGUGGCCAUUGGCGUAUUUUUAUUUAAAAUUGCUGCCGGCGGACGUUUCUCCUCCUGCUCCGGCAUCGUUGUCCUGUUCGCAGCUCUUAAGGCUUAAGAAGCUUGAUUCUCUAAGGCUCGUAUCCAAGGGCAUCAGUCAUUAACACACUGAGCUACAUCUGCUUCUUGGCUAAGACUGAAGAAAGACAUCUUAAGCUGGAAAUCCUGCUCACUCGCUUUCCAGUGCGUACGGAAGGGGAAGCAUAUGCAGCAGCAGGUUCCUUUUCAUUUUAUUCCAAAAGGCUGCCUCACUUUGGAGAUGCAGUGACGAGAUAAUGGAGUGAAAGUCUCUCAUUUCCAGUGAAGAAAAUUACAGGAGUCAGCCAGAGAAAGGAAGGAGCAAGUUAAAUAACAGCAGAAAUAGAAAGGAGGACUGCAGUGAAGAACUGAAAAUAAUAUUAGAGGAAACAGGUGGAAGGCUGGCGUAAAGCUGGGAGAUAUUUUAGGCUGAAAGUGGUGUGGUUUUAUUUUAUUUUUCUUUCCUCCUUUUUCUUUAUUAUUUUUUUUUAAUUGUCGGUUUUAAAUUCUAAGCUGGUUUUGGAGAUCCCUGCAGUAAAGCAGACUGCUCCAGUGUAGAGCAUCUUCCCCACCGUGUCCUUUUCUCCCUCCCUGCUUGCUGUCUCUGCUGUUGCCACUGCUGACAGAAACGUGUUAGGAGAGCAGAAAGAGAAAAUGCCAGCCAUCCUGGUAGCCUCCAAAAUGAAAUCGGGACUACCUAAACCCAUACACAGCGCUGCUCCCAUCGUGCAUGUCCCGACGGCCAGGACCAUCCCACAGCCCUGUUACCUGAAGUUUGGGAACAAGGUGGAGGUGACGAAGCCAUUGUAUUCCAGCCAGAUUCCUCUCAAGUCUCCGAAUGGACAAGAGAACACAGGAGAUGGGCUCCCACCAAGGAAGAGCUGCUUGGUAGAGAAUGGAUUUGACACACAGAUUUAUACGGAUUGGGCUAAUCACUAUCUAGCGAAGUCUGGUCACAAGAGAUUGAUAAAGGAUCUACAGCAAGAUGUGACCGAUGGAGUCUUAUUGGCUGAAAUAAUCCAGGUUGUAGCAAAUGAAAAGAUUGAAGACAUCAAUGGCUGCCCAAAAAAUAGGUCUCAAAUGAUUGAAAACAUAGAUGCAUGCCUGAGUUUCUUGGCUGCCAAGGGGAUUAACAUACAGGGGCUAUCAGCAGAAGAAAUCAGGAAUGGGAAUCUAAAGGCCAUCUUGGGCCUUUUCUUCAGUUUAUCUCGAUACAAGCAACAGCAACAGCAGCCGCAGAAACAGCAACCACAACACCAUCCGUCCCAACAAGCUCCCCCAGUGUCCCAGCAAGCGGGGUCUCCGUCCCAGUGCCAGGUCGGGGCACCGCAAGCUGGGCAGCAUCCCUUCAAAGCACAACCAGAAAUGCAAUCCAGUGCAUCUCCCAGGGACUCCUCUCAAAGCAAAAUCAUCCGAUUCACUCUUGGUCAGAAAAAGUCUUCUAGACUUCCAGGCCCCACCACGAGGGUGUCCGCUGCGGGCAGUGAGGCCAAAGCUCGUGGUUCUAUUAGUGCCAACAAUCGACGCAGCCAGAGCUUUAAUAAUUAUGACAAAUCUAAGCCUGGACUUCCCCCUCCAACACCAACAAGCAGCAAUGACAAAGAGCCUGCAGACAGCACAGCCUCCCAGCCCACAGGAAUGAAUGAAAAUGUCUCAUCCUCCGUUCAAAGCUGCGGCAGUUCUGUUGGUUGCAAUAACUCAUCAGCCAUCCCUCAGCCCAGCUCCGCUAUUAAACCCUGGCGCAGCAAGUCCCUCAGUGCUAAGCACACAGCUACGUCUUCCAUGUUAUCCGUCAAGCAGCCCGUGUCGGAGCCUCCAAAGCCACCCUCAGAAAUCGCCAAAACGGCUCCCAACGGUCAAAAAUCCAUGCUCGAGAAAUUAAAACUCUUCAAUAGCAAAGGAGGCUCCAAAGCGGGAGGGACAACGCUCGAGUGCCCGGGGUCUCGGGACAACAGUUGUGAAAAGCUAGAGAUGCUUCUCAGCCUCGAGGAGAGCGAAGAAGUCGAUGCCACCAACCAGAACGUGAACAAUCCGGGAUCCAUGUCCAGUAGUCCCAAAAUUGCACUCAAGGGAAUUGCACAAAGGACUUUUAGUCGGGCGCUGACUAAUAAGAAAAGCUCUCCCAAGGGUAAUGAGAAGGAUAAAGAAAAGCAGAAAGAAAAGGAGAAAAGUAAAGACGUUGCAAAGAGAACAUCUAUCACGGAAAAGCUGGAUGUGAAAGAGGAACCAAAAGAAGAACAGACAGCACUAGCAACAACAGAAAUGCCAAAAAAGUCCUCCAAGAUCGCAAGCUUUAUCCCUAAAGGAGGAAAGCUCAAUAGUGCCAAGAAGGAGCCCUCUGCCCCUUCGCACAGCGGAAUACCAAAACCAGGCAUGAAAAACACCACAGGGAAAUCCUCAAGUGCCCCCGUUCCUGCAAAGGAAGGCGAGAGAGGCCGCGUCGGGAAAGCCAGCUCAGGGCUCUCUCACCAGAAGUCCCAGCUGGACAGCAGACAUUCCAGCUCCUCCUCCAGCCUCGCCUCCUCAGAAGGAAAAGGCGUAGGAGGCCUCAACAGCAGCAGCAGCAGCCAAACCGUCAAUGGACCCACCGCCACGACACACACCACGGGGAGCAAUACCGUGAGUGUUCAGCUACCUCAUCCCCAACAGCAAUACAGCCACCCGAACACCGCCACGGUAGCUCCCUUCAUGUACAGAUCGCAGACAGACAACGAAGGGAACGUAACAGCCGAGGCCACCACAGGGGGGGUCACCAUGGAUUCUGCUCUUUAUGUCAAAACUGGACAGCCCGCUCUCGAAGACCUCUCAGGAGAGGAUCCAGAAACUCGGCGGUUACGAACUGUGAAAAACAUCGCUGAUCUUCGGCAGAACUUAGAGGAAACCAUGUCCAGUUUACGGGGAACCCAGGUCACUCACAGCACAUUGGAAACUACCUUCGACACCAACGUCACUACCGAGAUCAGCGGCCGCAGCAUCCUCAGCCUGACGGGACGACCCACCCCCUUGUCGUGGAGACUGGGGCAGUCCAGCCCCCGCCUGCAGGCAGGCGACGCUCCAUCCAUGGGCAACGGGUACCCGCCGCGUGGGAACGCCAGCCGCUUCAUCAACACCGAGGCGGGACGCUACGUGUACUCGGCGCCUCUGCGGAGGCAGCUGGCGACCCGCGGCAGCAGCGUCUGCCACGUGGACAUCUCGGACAAGGGGAGCGAUGAGAUGGAGCUGGAAGGCAUCGCCAUGGAUGCCACCGGCUAUAUGAGCGACGGGGAUGUGUUGGGCAAGAAUAUCAGAGCUGAUGACAUCACGAGCGGGUACAUGACGGAUGGUGGUCUGGGGCUCUACACGCGAAGGCUGAACCGGCUGCCCGACGGCAUGGCCGCGGUGCGGGAGACCAUGCAGCGCAACACCUCGCUGGGACUCGGAGAUGCUGACAGCUGGGAUGACAGCAGCUCUGUCAGCAGUGGUAUCAGUGACACCAUAGAUAAUCUCAGUACCGAUGACAUUAACACCAGCUCCUCUAUCAGCUCCUACGCCAACACACCUGCCUCCUCCCGCAAAAACAUAGAUGCACAGACUGAUGCAGAGAAGCAUUCCCAGGUCGAGCGGAAUUCCUUGUGGUCCGGUGAUGAAGUCAAGAAAUCAGACGGAGGAUCCGAUAGCGGCAUAAAAAUGGAGCCAGGAUCUAAAUGGAGGCGGAAUCCCUCUGAUGUGUCGGAUGAAUCUGAUAAGAGCACUUCUGGUAGGAAGAACACUGUUAUUUCGCAGACGGGCUCCUGGCGACGGGGCAUGUCAGCUCAGGUUGGCAUCACCACACCAAGGACUAAACCUUCAACCACCUCAGGCACAUUAAAGACACCUGGAACAGGGAAAACUGAUGACGCCAAGGUAUCAGAAAAGGGUAGACUAUCUCCUAAAGCUGGACAUGUUAAACGUUCCCCAUCAGAUGCAGGACGCAGCAGUGGUGAUGAAUCCAAAAAGCUUCCCACGAGUAACUCUAGAACAACUGCUGCUAAUGCUAAUACAUUUGGAUUUAAGAAACAGAGCGGGUCAGCCGUAGGCAUGACUAUAAUCACUGCCAGUGGGGCAACUAUCACCAGUAGAUCGGCUACCCUGGGAAAAAUCCCAAAGUCAUCUGGACUCAUGGGUAGGACCACUGGUCGGAAGACUAGUGUUGAUGGCUCACAGAACCAGGAUGAUGGCUACUUAGCACUUAGUGCCCGAACUAAUCUUCAGUACCGUAGUUUACCCCGUCCCAGUAAAUCCAGUAGCAGAAGUGGAGCUGGGAAUAGAUCUAGCACAAGUAGCAUAGACUCCAAUGUAAGCAGCAAGUCAGCUGGGUUGCCUGUCCCUAAAAUGAGAGAGCCUGCCAAGGUAAUCCUUGGGAGCUCUCUGCCAGGAUUAGUCAACCAGACUGAUAAAGAGAAAGGGAUUUCGUCUGACAACGAAAGCGUGGCCUCAUGUAAUUCUGUUAAAGUGAACCCUGCAUCACAGACUGCUGCUAGCGGAGCCCCAAGUACCCACCAGCAAGGAGCCAAGUACCCCGAUGUGGCCUCUCCCACUUUGCGCAGACUUUUCGGUGGCAAGCCUAAUAAACAAGUUCCCAUCACAACAGCCGAAAAUAUGAAAAACUCAGUAGUCAUCUCCAAUCCUCACGCCACUAUGAACCAGCAGGGUAACCUGGAUUCACCAUCUGGCAGUGGGAUGCUGAGCAGUGGGGGCAGCAGCCCUCUGUAUAGUAAAAACCCCGAUAUGAACCAGUCUCCACUAGCUUCUAGUCCCAGUUCAGCGCAUUCGGCUCCUUCCAACAGUUUAACGUGGGGCACCAACGCCAGCAGCUCUUCUGCUGUCAGCAAGGAUGGCAUUGGGUAUCAGUCCGUCAGCAGCCUUCACACCAGCUGCGAGUCCAUCGAUAUCUCUCUGAGCAGUGGAGGCGGGCUGAGCCACAACUCCUCCACUGGCUUGAUUCCAGCCUCUAAAGAUGAUUCUCUGACUCCCUUUGUCCGAACCAACAGUGUUAAGACUACGUUGUCUGAAAGCCCUCUUUCUUCCCCCGCCGCUAGCCCCAAAUUCUGCCGCAAUACUUUGCCCAGGAGGCAGGACAGCGACCCACAUCUUGAUAGGAACACUUUGCCUAAGAAGGGACUCAGGUAUACUCCAUCCUCCCAACUCCGUAACCAAGAAGAUGCCAAAGAAUGGCUACGCUCCCAUUCAGCAGGAGGACUUCAGGACACUGCUGGCAAUUCUCCAUUUUCAUCUGGAUCCAGCAUAACAUCACCCUCUGGAACUAGAUUUAACUUCUCGCAGCUUGCAAGCCCAACCACUGCAGCCCAGAUGAGCCUGUCAAAUCCAACCAUGCUCCGGACCCACAGCCUUUCCAACGCAGAUGGUCCUUAUGACCCCUACAGUGACACGCGCUUCAGGAACAGCUCCAUGUCCCUGGAUGAGAAGAGCAGAACGAUGAGCCGGUCCGGCUCCUUCCGCGAUGGCUUUGAAGAAGUGCAUGGUUCUUCUCUGUCUUUGGUAUCCAGUACGUCAUCUAUUUAUUCGACGCCUGAAGAGAAGUGCCAGUCGGAGAUUCGCAAGCUACGAAGAGAGUUGGAUGCAUCCCAAGAAAAAGUGUCAGCUCUGACAACUCAGUUGACUGCCAAUGCUCACCUGGUGGCAGCAUUUGAGCAGAGCCUGGGGAACAUGACGAUCAGACUGCAGAGCCUGACCAUGACAGCAGAACAAAAGGACUCAGAACUGAACGAGUUAAGGAAGACAAUUGAACUACUGAAGAAGCAAAAUGCUGCUGCCCAGGCUGCCAUCAACGGAGUCAUCAACACACCUGAGCUCAACUGCAAAGGACCUGGAGCUGCUCAACCCGCAGACCUGCGGAUCCGAAGGCAACACUCUUCAGACAGCGUCUCCAGUAUCAACAGCGCUACCAGUCACUCCAGUGUGGGCAGCAACAUCGAGAGCGAUUCGAAGAAAAAGAAGAGGAAGAACUGGUUACGCAGCUCCUUCAAGCAAGCUUUUGGUAAAAAGAAAUCUCCCAAGUCAGCAUCUUCUCAUUCAGAUAUUGAGGAGAUGACUGAUUCUUCGUUACCUUCUUCACCAAAGCUACCACACCAUAACACCACUGUUUCAACGCCAUUGCUGAGAGCUUCCCAUUCCAACUCUCUUAUUUCUGAAUGCACUGACAGUGAAGCUGAAACGGUCAUGCAGUUACGAAACGAGCUGAGAGAUAAGGAGAUGAAGUUGACCGAUAUUCGUCUGGAAGCCCUUAGCUCUGCUCAUCAGCUCGACCAGCUUCGGGAGGCGAUGAACAGAAUGCAGAGUGAGAUUGAAAAAUUAAAAGCAGAAAACGAUCGGCUGAAAUCCGAAAACCACGGCAGCUGUAGCAGGGCUCAGUCUCAGGUUUCCAUUUCAUCCUCUCCAAGACAUUCAGUGGGUCUCUCUCAACACAGUUUGAACCUCACGGAGUCAACCAGUCUCGACAUGCUGUUAGAUGACACUGGGGAUGGGUCUGCACGGAAAGAAGGAGGCAGGCACGUCAAAAUAGUUGUCAACUUUCAGGAUGAAAUGAAGUGGAAGGAGGAUUCGAGGCCUCGCACCUUCCUUAUAGGCUGCAUCGGAGUCAGUGGCAAAACCAAAUGGGAUGUUCUGGAUGGGGUUGUGAGGCGCUUGUUUAAGGAAUACAUAAUUCAUGUGGAUCCCGUCAGCCAGCUGGGUCUGAAUUCAGACAGUGUUGUGGGCUACAGCAUCGGAGAAAUCAAACGCACCAACAGCGCUGAGACACCCGAGUUGUUGCCCUGUGGCUACCUGGUUGGAGAAAACAACACUAUUUCAGUGACCGUCAAAGGUAUCUGCGAGAACAGUUUGGACGGUCUGGUGUUUGAAUCACUGAUCCCAAAGCCUAUACUGCAGCGUUAUGUCUCUCUCCUGAUGGAACACAGACGGAUUAUCUUAUCUGGCCCCAGUGGCACUGGUAAAACGUACCUAGCGAACCGUCUCUCUGAAUAUAUGGUCCUUAGAGAGGGCCGGGAGCUGGCCGAUGGCAUUAUUGCAACCUUCAAUGUGGACCAUAAAUCCAGUAAGGAACUCCGCCAAUACCUGUCCAACCUAGCAGACCAGUGUAACAGUGAAAAUAACGCCGUGGACAUGCCUCUUGUUAUCAUUUUGGAUAAUUUGCAUCACGUCAGCUCGCUGGGAGAGAUCUUUAAUGGACUUCUGAACUGCAAGUACCACAAAUGUCCAUAUAUUAUUGGCACAAUGAACCAAGCCACCUCCUCAACACCUAAUCUUCAGCUUCACCAUAAUUUCAGAUGGGUGCUAUGUGCAAACCACACCGAGCCAGUCAAAGGCUUUCUUGGUCGUUUCUUAAGAAGAAAACUAAUUGAAACAGAGAUCAGUGGCAGGAUGAGAAAUGCAGAGCUGGUCAAAAUUAUUGAUUGGAUUCCCAGGGUCUGGCAGCAUCUGAACAAAUUCUUGGAGGCUCACAGCUCCUCUGAUGUUACUAUUGGUCCACGGCUCUUCCUCUCCUGUCCGAUAGAUGUAGACGGUUCUAGAGUUUGGUUUACUGACUUGUGGAACUACUCCAUCAUCCCCUAUCUUCUGGAGGCAGUUAGAGAAGGGCUACAGUUGUAUGGGAGGAGAGCACCCUGGGAGGAUCCCGCCAAAUGGGUGAUGGACACCUACCCCUGGGCGGCCACCCCACAGCACCAUGAGUGGCCUCCUCUGCUACAGCUGCGACCCGAAGACGUGGGCUUCGAUGGCUACUCCGUGUCCCGGGAAGGCUCCACCAGCAAACAAAUUCCAGUGAGUGAUGCCGAAGGAGAUCCUUUGAUGAACAUGCUAAUGAGACUGCAAGAAGCAGCCAACUACUCAAGUCCCCAGAGUUACGACAGUGACUCUAACAGCAACAGCCAUCACGAUGACAUCCUCGAUUCAUCUCUGGAGUCAACGUUGUGAUCUUCCUCGGAUAGAAAUAGGUUUUUUCCAUUGUUGCUCCCCGACUCGGCAAGAACUCUUAAUCACAGACUCAUGAAAAUAGCACGUUCCUGGGCUGGGAUCUCAGUAUUAGAGCUGCAAGAACAACAAGACACUUGGAGUCAGUCUUGAACCUGGGUGCAGGCAACCCAAGCAACCUUUGUAUUGUUUUUCCCUUUGGCGAUGAUGAGAACUGCACUAUUCCUUUGUUUUCUCCUGUUUAGUUGCUGUAAGCUCUCAUGCCUAAGAUCCUGAAGAUGUUAAAAAUAUUCGUCAUGACUAAAAGUUGUAGGGUGAGGGGGCGAACGUCACAGCUAUGAAGCGAACAGCUUUGUGCCAUGUACUGUCCAGAAGGAGAGGGGAGAGGAAUUUUUUGCCUAUGCUGCUUCUGACCAAACACAUUUAGGUGAGGGCUGGACUUUUACCAGUCAGCUUUGCAAAUUUAACUCAGCUUCCUAUAGUUCUGGUGCUAUAACGAUAUCGCUUGCCUUGGUAAUAAUACUCAAUAAAGGCAAAGCUACAAAACAAGGAAGUUUGAAUAAAUAUUAAAAAAAGAGAAAAGAAAAAAAAAUAUAAAAGAAAAAGCGCUGCUCUCCUUGCCAGUCUGAGACCUUGGCUUUCUUUCAUUGUGUGUUUAUAAAGAUUAUAUAUAUAAAUAGGAAUAUAUAAAAAUAUAUAUACGGUCUGAACAAAUCAGGUUUUUUCAAACACUGUGUAACAAUCAGUCCUACUUACAAGUGAAUGAUCAGGUGGCCCUUGGCAAGUCAGGGCCUGAUUCUCUUCCCACUUACAUCCAUGUAACCCAACCGGGUUGACUUUGGGGGCGUUACACCCCGUUCAAUGACGCCGAGAGCAAGUUUCCCUCCUCCAGAAGUUGGUGCGAGGGCCGUGCCCUGGGAAACCCUGCGGCUCCAGAGGACCUUGGGCAGCGCGCAGGCGUUGAGCCCUCACACAGGGGUGAGCUACACCCCCGAAAGGGCUUCGUCAGGCUUUCCGUUUCCUAAUCCUUGCCAUGAAAUGUUACAGCUGUUUUCUAAAAGAUUUUGGGUGCUUUUGUUUUUGUUUUUGUUUUUGUUUUUUUUUUUCGAAGUAUUUGUUCCAAUCAGCACAACCAUAAAUGGGUUAAUUAAAACUCAGCUCUGUGACAGUUCCAGUUUUUAAUUAAAAAUAAAAAAGUAUUUUAGCAGUAUUCAGAUCUGGAAUAAAAACAAAAGGAGGGAAGGUACCGCAUCUUUUCAGUUGAGCUGGGCCAUGCUUUCGCCUUUUGGCAGAGCUGUGAACCUGGUUUUAUUUCUCCUCUGAACGCACACACCUACACGAUCAGUGUUAAGGCUUGUACUUCUCUUGGGGAACAACACCACCUCCCAAAGACUUGCACUUUCCUUUUUAUGGAAGCGAAUGCUUUUUAUACCAUCACCACGUCAGCUGUACCUCAGCAAAAACAGCACUCCUCAAUAUUGAUUUGUACUAGCCUUUCCAGCUAUCUUUUUGGUGCUGACUUUUAAAGCGAUGCCUUAUUUUUUACUAAUUGUGUUUGAUUAAAUUAGUGCUGUAUAUUGUGGGGUCUUAUUUAAAGAGACAGGGCUAAAGUCAUCUCUUGGAAUAUCAUAAGUUGCUGUGAAUACUGUUUGUAUGAGAUACUAGGAUUUGUUUAAAUGUGACAAAAAAAGGAGGGAAAUGACAUAACUUUUCAGGUUCAUAUCAAUCUGCAGCUAAUAAAUCACUGAAGAGUUGUUUUAUCCAUGCAGGAGGAAAACAAAAAGCUUUUCAACUAUAGCAAAUGCUGUCGUUAAUAAAUUACAGGAUUAUGCUGGUUUUUCAAUGUACAGAAAGAAAACUUACUACAAACACUUUUUUAAAAGCUUGUGGGUUUAAAAUAAUGUAACAGACAAGUUCAUGCUUCUGUGACUCAGCUUGAGAGGAUGGUUUUAUUAUACCUCAUGACUUUCUGUAACAUAACUGUACUUUGUCUUACUGAGCUGGUCUUGAAUCUGCUCCUGUUACAACUUUUAAGUGCUGAUGAUUUUUUUUUUUUAAGAAAAAUACUGUAAAAGAAAAAAUUAACUAUUUUAAUGAUGGGGGGAAGAGCUUGGUGUUGUUACUGUUUUAACCUUAUGAACUGUAUUUCAUUAUUUCACUGAACGAAAUACCAAGGCUUACUCAGCCAAUGUUCCUAAUCUUGGUGCUGUAAAAAUGGGAUAAAUCUGUAUGGAAUCACAUUCAUAGCAUGCUGAUGACGAGUUUGAGAGAGGUUGAGUUUUCCAGUAGUCUUGACAAUUCUGCUUCCCAGCACUGACUUUACCUGCUACUACUGUGAAUUUUGGUACCUGAUCCCCCGACUGAAUCCAUGCAGAUAGAGCAUGUGCCUGUAAAAUACUCCAGUUGCAGGGCUAGGGCUUUACAUGGACUUAAUAUCCUAGAAAAUGCCUCAGGUGACUGAGCGCUAUAAGACAUAAAAUGGUGUUUUAUUUGUGGGGAACGGGGUACUUUUUUUUUCUCUUUUAAUUUUGAAUCCCGUGCUUAAGCUCGGGAAGGAAUUUCUGUUAUCUAUAAUUUGUUUUGACAGUAGCUUGGAUUACAGCGAGCGAGGCAAUUUUUUGUAGGCCGGUCAUUCUGAGCAUCACAAUAUUCAGUGUGUUUUCUGAAGCUUCGGGAAGCAGGGUUACCCGUUGUGCACACAUCUUAGUUUCUAUCAAGACUUUUCAUAGAUUAAGUCUUUCUUUAAGUGACUUUGUUCUCAUUUAAGGCUUUUUCAAGACGCUUCCUUUUUUUCCUUACCGAGUUGGCUUGUUUAAAAAAAGAAAUCAACAAGAAAGAAAUGCAAGAUUCUAUGCAACAUUCGUGUUGAGUUGUAAAUUGAAAGUAUAAAGCAUUCUGUUUCCUACACAAACUGCCAAGAAUGAUACAGGCCAUAAACAAGAUGUGGUUUAUCUGGGGAAGUGGGGGGAGGGGGUUGGUUAGCCUUUUUGUACAUUUUGGAAGAAGCAAACUGCUAUUUCAUUGUUGAUGCUUAACUUCAAUAUUACGUGUAUGAAAACUUGUCUAAAUGUGGCAAUUUUCUUUCGAGAAAAAAAUACAAAAACAAAGCAAAAAAAGCUCUUUGUCGAUAUUAAAUGGAAGGUUGCUGUUUUGAUCUAGUCGUUUCCAGUGGAACAGUUUAUGAAAUAUGUUCUAUAAGAUGUACAUUUUUUCAUUGUAACAUAGAAAUGUAAAUAUUUGAUUAAAAGUGCUGCAUUUUGAUGAAUUUUUUCUAGCCAUUUUUAAAGAGAAAAACUAGGAAUUGAGUAUUUUGUGUACGUUUAUGAUGUUUUCCAUUUGCUCCUCUCCCUAUUUAAUUUUCAGUUCUCAUUUAGGAUUGGAAUUCGUGAAUGGUCUGUUUGAGAUCAUGCCUCUCCUUUCUCACUCUCCCCGUUUCUCCCCAUUCCCCAUCCCCCUGUGUCAUGGAGAAUAAAGCUGAUGAUUGUACCAGUCUUAAAUUAUUCAUGAUUCAAUAAAAUUGAUGCUUAUUUAUUCAGA